GGGAAGCUGCCAACAUCCAUGAAAACCAUCGCCACGAUUUCAUGCUUCAAAUCAGCAACUUUCACCAGUAUUCCGUUUUCUCUGAAGAGGGCAUUCCAGAAGCAGUUAGUUUUGUAUUAAGCACUACCUUUCUUAGCCUUUCAUCUGAAAGAGAAAUUGCGGAACACCGGUAAUAGACAAACAUCCGUUGCAAUGAGAGGAUACAAUGUAGAAUAUGCAGGGAUUAACGAAGGAAGUUCUCCCACGGGUAACAAGAUCAAGAAAAUUUCGAUUUUGCCCCUUAUUUUUCUCAUAUUUUACGAGGUUUCUGGAGGGCCUUUCGGAGUUGAGGACAGUGUUAAGGCAGCUGGCCCUCUGUUAGCACUUAUAGGGUUCUUAGUAUUCCCGUUUAUAUGGAGUGUACCUGAAGCUCUAAUAACUGCUGAAAUGGGCACAAUGUUCCCAGAAGAUGGUGGUUAUGUGGUUUGGGUCUCAUCUGCUUUAGGUCCAUAUUGGGGGUUUCAGCAAGGUUGGAUGAAAUGGCUUAGUGGGGUCAUCGAUAACGCCUUAUACCCGGUUCUUUUUCUCGAUUAUUUAAAAUCCGGCAUCCCGGCUUUAAGUGAGGGGUACCCACGAAUCCUAGCGGUUUUAGCUUUGACGAUUGCCCUCACGUAUAUGAACUUUAGAGGCAUGACAAUUGUAGGGUGGGUUGCUGUUCUUUUAGGGGUGUUUUCCAUCCUCCCGUUUGUAAUUAUGGGUCUUGUUUCGGUUCCUAAGAUUGAGCCUUCGAGAUGGCUCGUGAUGGAUUUACAUACGGUCGAUUGGAAUUUGUACUUGAACACACUCUUUUGGAACCUAAAUUAUUGGGACUCAAUAAGCACACUUGCAGGAGAGGUGGAAAACCCAAAGAAGACUCUCCCUAAGGCUUUGUUCUAUGCUUUGAUCUUAGUAGUUGUUGGCUACUUUUUUCCGUUACUCGUUGGCAUUGGUGCCGUUCCGCUCCAGCAAGAGCUUUGGACUGACGGGUAUUUCUCGGAAAUUGCUAAAAUCAUCGGCGGCGUGUGGUUGAGAUGGUGGAUCCAGGCGGGUGCUGCCAUGUCGAACAUGGGAAUGUUCGUCACUGAAAUGAGUAGCGACUCGUUUCAGCUUCUUGGAAUGGCGGAAAGAGGCAUGCUUCCGGAGUUUUUCGCAAAAAGAUCCCGUUAUGGAACUCCGUCAAUCGGGAUCUUGUUCUCGGCUUCUGGAGUCAUCUUGCUUUCGCAGCUGAGUUUUCGAGAGAUCGUGGCUGCGGAAAAUUUCCUUUACUGUUUCGGUAUGAUUUUGGAGUUUAUAGCUUUCGUAAGGUUAAGAAUCAAGUACCCAGCCGUGGCUCGACCGUACAAGAUACCGGUUGGAACCAGUGGAGCCGUGGUUAUGUGUGUUCCACCAACCAUAUUGAUUUGUAUCGUUUUGGGUCUAUCUUCGGUUAGGGUCAUGACCGUAAGCAUUGUUGCCAUAGUUAUCGGGCUCGUUUUGCAGCCGUUUUUGAAGCUUAUCGAGAAGAAACGAUGGAUCAAGUUUUCUACAAGUGCUAAUCUCCCAGAUCUUCAUAACGAGUCUUUGGUUUAUUAGGGAAGUGCUGUUUGUAUUUUUGUUGUAUGAUGAAGGAUGGAUUGUUUUUUGUGGUUAAAUUUUGUUUUCUUUAAGUAACACAUAACUUAUACGUAAUGCAAUUAAAGUUGUAC